AUGUCACGACAGUCACCCGUGCCUCGCUCUCACUCGAGGGCCAGCUUCUACUCCACAACCACAUACCACUCCUUCCAAGAUGUCGAACUCUAUGAGCCAGGCUGCACACCAGAUGACCAGGGAACGUCGACGGCGAGGGUCCCAAUGCCCGUAGAGACGCCUGUUGUCAGAAGACAAAGAACAUCAAGGAGGGACGACUUCGACAAGAACCCUGCCUCCUUCCAGAUGGUCCGCCAGGACUCGGGCUACGAGUCGAGCACACCCACUCGCACCUCGCAAAUCCCAGUCACGGACCUCAAUGUCACAAAAGAGGCCCGCCCUCCGGCGCUCUCGGCCGAUAUCAAACAUGCCCCGGUCCAGCAUGACAGCCUCCCGCUCGCCACCUCGGAGCACCCACAACAAUCACCCCAAUAUAAUGACCCAUACUCCUAUUUCCAGUUCCCCUCCCCUGAGCAACUGGACCAACCAGAAGAAUACCAACAACAGCAACAACAACAGCAGCAACAACAACAACCUCAAGAACCAAACGCGGACAUCGCCCUAGUCAGCACCCACCUCGACACCCUCAACACCGAGCACCAGUCAGAGAAACCAAAAUCCUCCUCCUCAGCAGCACAACACCACCCCGAACAACCACCAUACCCCCGCGCCGAGACCCCCCUCCCCUCCCCCUUCCCGCCGCAGACGACCCACUACUGGACGUCAGACCGCACGCGGCGCCUCGAGUACGCGGCCAUCGACGCCGCCUCCCGGGGGGUCCGCGGCUGGGUCAUGCGCAACUGCGUGCCCGAGUGCUUCGUGCCCAAGGAGCGCCGACGGGUGUGCUUCGACGACGACUCCGGGUCCGUCAGGCGCUACCGCCUCGACCUCGAGAUCGAGUGCCCCGAGGACAGCGUCCCGCCCAGCCCCGUAGGCGAGAAGCCGCGCGGGUUCCGCGCCAGGGCUGGGGCGGGCAGCGGCAGCGGCAGGGGGCUCUGGGCUAAGCUCAGGGGGAAGGCCUAG